AUGGCUGAGAGCUAGCAAGGAAAAUUCAGGACCAUGAUGAUGGCUCAGUUUCCCACAGCUAUGAAUGGAGGGCCAAACAUGUGGGCUAUUACCUCUGAAGAACGCACUAAGCAUGACAAACAGUUUGAUAAUCUCAAGCCUUCAGGAGGUUUCAUAACAGGUGAUCAAGCACGUACUUUUUUCUUGCAAUCAGGUCUACCGGCUCCUGUUUUAGCAGAAAUAUGGGCCCUAUCAGAUCUGAACAAAGAUGGGAAAAUGGACCAGCAAGAAUUCUCCAUAGCUAUGAAGCUCAUCAAACUAAAACUUCAAGGCCAACAGUUACCUGUGGUUCUCCCUCCUAUUAUGAAACAACCCCCUAUGUUCUCUCCAUUAAUUUCUGCUCGGUUUGGGAUGGGAAGCAUGCCCAAUCUGUCCAUUCCACAGUCACUGCCUCCAGUUGCACCUAUAACACCCCUGUCUUCUGCAACUUCAGGGACCAGUCUUCCUCCCUUAAUGAUGCCUGCUCCCCUAGUGCCUUCUGUUAGUACAUCAUCACUACCAAAUGGAACCACCAGUCUUAUUCAGCCUUUAUCCAUUCCCUAUUCUUCUUCAACAUUGCCUCAUACAUCAUCCUAUAGUCUGAUGAUGGGUGGAUUUGGUGGUGCUAGUAUACAGAAGGCCCAGUCUCUGAUUGACUUAGGAUCUAGUAGCUCAACUUCUUCAACUGCUUCACUUACCGGGAACUCACCCAAGACUGGAACCUCAGAAUGGGCAGUUCCUCAGCCUUCAAGAUUGAAAUAUCGGCAAAAAUUUAAUAGUCUUGACAAAAGCAUGAGUGGGUACCUCUCAGGUUUUCAAGCUAGAAAUGCCCUUCUUCAGUCAAAUCUUUCCCAAACUCAGCUAGCUACUAUUUGGACUCUGGCUGACAUUGAUGGUGAUGGACAACUAAAAGCUGAAGAGUUUAUCUUAGCUAUGCAUCUCACUGAUAUGGCCAAAGCUGGGCAGCCAUUACCACUGACUUUACCUCCUGAGCUUGUCCCUCCAUCUUUCAGAGGAGGAAAGCAAAUUGAUUCCAUUAAUGGAACUCUCCCUUCAUAUCAGAAAAUGCAAGAAGAAGAACCUCAGAAGAAAUUACCAGUUACUUUUGAGGACAAGCGGAAAGCCAACUAUGAGCGAGGGAAUAUGGAACUGGAAAAGCGACGCCAAGUCUUGAUGGAGCAACAGCAGAGGGAGGCAGAACGUAAAGCCCAGAAAGAAAAGGAAGAGUGGGAGCGAAAACAGAGAGAAUUACAAGAACAAGAAUGGAAGAAACAACUUGAAUUAGAAAAACGCUUGGAGAAACAGAGGGAACUAGAGAGACAACGAGAAGAAGAAAGGAGAAAGGAGAUAGAAAGACGAGAGGCAGCAAAACAAGAACUUGAACGACAACGUCGAUUAGAAUGGGAAAGAAUUCGUCGACAGGAACUUCUCAAUCAAAAGAAUAGAGAACAAGAAGAAAUUGUCAGGUUAAACUCUAAGAAGAAGAGUCUUCAUCUCGAGUUGGAAGCAUUGAGUGGUAAACACCAUCAGCUCUCAGGCAGACUUCAAGAUGUGCGGCUCAGAAAGCAAACCCAAAAGACAGAGCUGGACGUUCUAGAUAAGCAGUGUGACCUGGAAAUUAUGGAAAUCAAGCAACUUCAACAGGAGCUUCAGGAAUAUCAAAAUAAGCUUAUCUAUCUGGUACCUGAGAAGCAACUACUAAAUGAAAGAAUUAAAAACAUGCAGUUCAACAAUACACCAGAUUCAGGGAUCAGUUUACUUCAUAAAAAAUCAUCAGAAAAGGAAGAAUUAUGCCAAAGACUUAAAGAACAACUAGAUGCUCUUGAAAAAGAAACUGCAUCUAAACUCUCAGAAAUGGAUUCAUUUAACAGUCAGCUGAAGGAACUAAGAGAAAGCUAUAAUACACAACAGUUAGCUCUUGAACAACUUCAUAAGAUCAAACAUGACAAGUUGAAGGAAGUUGAAAGGAAAAGAGUAGAGCUAAUACAGAAAAAAAAACUAGAAGAUGAAGCUGCAAGGAAAGCUAAGCAAGGAAAAGAAAACUUAUGGCGAGAAAAUCUUAGAAAAGAGGAAGAAGAAAAGCAAAAGCGACUUCAGGAAGAAAAAACGCAAGAAAAACUUCAAGAAGAGGAACGAAAAGCUGAAGAGAAAGCAAGUGAGACAUCUAAUGUUUUGGUGAAUUAUAGAGCAUUAUACCCCUUUGAAGCAAGGAGCCAUGAUGAGAUGAGUUUUAAUUCUGGGGAUAUAAUUCAGGUUGAUGAAAAAACUGUAGGAGAACCUGGUUGGUUUUAUGGUAGUUUUCAAGGAAAUUUUGGUUGGUUUCCAUGCAACUAUGUAGAAAAAAUGCCAUCAAAUGAAAAAGCUCUGUCUCCUAAGAAGGCCUUACUUCCUCCUACAGUAUCUUUAUCUACUACUACCUCAACUUCUUCUGAACCGCUUUCUUCAAAUCAACCAGCAUCUGCAGCUGAUUAUCAAAAUGUAUCUUUUGCAAACUUAACUGUUAAUACAUCAUGGCAGAAAAAAUCAGCUUUUACUCGUACUGUGUCCCCUGGAUCUGUAUCACCUAUUCAUGGACAGGGACAGGCUGUAGAAAACCUGAAAGCACAGGCUCUCUGUUCCUGGACUGCAAAGAAAGAGAACCAUUUGAACUUCUCAAAACAUGACAUUAUUACCGUCUUGGAGCAGCAAGAAAAUUGGUGGUUUGGAGAGGUGCAUGGAGGGAGAGGAUGGUUUCCAAAAUCUUACGUUAAGAUCCUUCCUGGAAGUGAAGUAAAGCGGGAAGAACCAGAAGCAUUAUAUGCAGCUGUAAGUAAGAAACCUGUAUCUGCAGCCUGUCCAGUUGGAGAAGAUUAUAUUGCACUGUAUUCAUAUUCGAGUGCUGAGCCAGGAGAUUUGACUUUCACUGAAGGUGAAGAAAUAUCUGUGACACAGAAAGAUGGAGAGUGGUGGACAGGAAGUAUUGGAAAUAGAACUGGAAUUUUUCCAUCAAACUAUGUCAAACCAAAAGAUCAAGAGACUGUUGGGAAUGCUAGCAAAUCUGGAACAUCAAACAAAAAACCUGAGAUUGCUCAAGUAACUUCAGCAUAUGUUGCUUCGGGUGCUGAACAACUUAGUCUUGCACCAGGACAGUUAAUAUUAAUCCUAAAGAAAAAUACAAGUGGAUGGUGGCAAGGAGAGUUACAGGCCAGAGGAAAAAAGCGGCAGAAGGGAUGGUUUCCUGCCAGCCACGUUAAACUUUUGGGUCCAAGUAGUGAAAGAACCACACCUGCCUUCCAUGCUGUAUGUCAGGUGAUUGCUAUGUAUGACUAUGUAGCAAAUAAUGAGGAUGAGCUCAAUUUCUCCAAGGGACAACUUAUUAAUGUUAUGAGCAAAGAUGAUCCUGACUGGUGGCAAGGAGAAAUCAAUGGGGUGACUGGUCUCUUUCCUUCAAACUAUGUUAAGAUGACGACAGACUCAGACCCAAGUCAACAGUGACCCAAUGUUGUCUUCCAGUUGUGAAAGCACCCCAGAGACCCACUAUCCAAGUUUGACUCUAGCGUGGAGGCAGGGCAGGCAGCCCUGAUCAAAUAUCUCCUACACAAUUCAUUUACUUCGUUCGAAUGUUAGAGCCACUUGUGAUUAUUUCUUUGUGUUUCUAAUUUAUCGUUAAAAUUUAUUUGUAACAAGUUCAAGGAUAGUGGGUCUUUGUGUGGCUUUCCCUGCUGUUCACUCUGGCAUCUUUUAGCAGUUUUCUUCUUUUUUUAAUUUGGUAAUUUUAGGUCAUUAGCAUGCAUAUUCAUUUUGCCCUUACAUGGUGGGAGUUCAAACACACAAAGACCCACUAUUUGCACAAACUAUUCUCUCUGGUUUGGAAUGGGCUGCCAUGCUUUUCUAAUGUUACUGCAACAUGUAUGUUCAUUACUGAAUUCAGAUACGUUUGCUUAUGUUCUGCUAUUACAUUUGAUCUAAUCCUAACCCACAGCAAGCACUUAAUUGAUUCAACCUGAUUUGUCCUCAAAUGCACACUAUUUAUGCUAUUACUUUCUAGUAUGCCACUAUAAGUACCAAUAUUUAGAUAUGUUUAAAGGCCAAGGAUUGGAAAUAGCCUUUUUUGUGUGUAAUCUGAGUGGGAGCAGUAACUCAGGGGAGCUUUCUUUCUCUCACAGAAGAAGAAAGCACCUGGAGGGAGGAUGUGCACAGUACAUAUUGGGAUGUUUAGUUUGUUUCAGCUGCCCAACAACAAGCACUACCUUUGGUCGUUCCUCUAGGGUCUUUAAGUGCUCUGGGCUGCAGAUACUGUAUCAUGUGUCCAGCAUAUAACUAUCACUUCUUUAUUGGUUAUGGGCUAUUUUUUUAGGGAUGAAAAGCUCCCAUCAUUGACUGUGAGAUAUAAAACCUUUCCUGGCUUAAACAAAGCAUUUCUAUCUAUAAUAUAUGUUAAAGUUAGAAUUCACUUUACCUAUUGUAGUCAGGUGACUGCAUGUCCCAGUACAUAAAAGGCCUCCUUUGGCAUUUUUCCUGGAUUUAGUGAAAUCAUAAGGAAUCACUGAAGCAUUUAAAGACCCUGAAGCCACACACAGGCUCUGGUCAAGGACUCAUAGUGAGGAGUGAGGUAUGAGAGCUGGCGUUCUUCUGUGUCCACAAACCUUCACGACUAAUGAUUGAUCAUCCACUCACACUAACCUAAUGUAUAUCCACCUUGGCUUUGCUGGCACAGUAUUUCACUUAUUUCCCAACAUUUUUUAAAUAACACAUUAUUAUUAACUUAAUAUAUGUGAGAGUACUUAGUUGAAACAAAAAGGAAUUUUAGUAUACAAUAUUAAACUAUAUUUGAAAUCAAUGAGAAGUUAUGCAAUUUUAAAUGUUUACAAACUGCAGUGCAAUCUACUGUUUGUGAAUGUCUAAGUAUUAUCAGGGUAAGUGUACAUACAUUCACAGUUUUAUUUCCUCACAGAAUUCUUUUGGAAAAAUGAAAUAUGUUUUUAUACCUCUCAGUUUAAGUUAGAGGAGUAUUUUGUGCAAUAUUUAUUUUAAUGUGCCUAUAUAUUCCGAAUGGAUUAUUUCAGUCAUUUAUUGCCUAACUCUUAACUUUACAACAUUUGAGAGAGAACCAACAAUUUAGUUACAUCUUUACAAAGUUCAAAUGUCUGUUCCAAAAUACUUCACAAUUUUAGAAUAUAGGGAGCUAUGUAUAUGAGCUCCCUGGGGAAGGGAUCUCUAAUUAUUAUACCACCUCCAUUUUUAGCACUGGCCUUCAUCAUGAUAUUUUACAAAUAUAACAUGAACAGGAAAGCAAUAAUACCAUUUUAGGGGUAGAAUGACAUCUUUGCCUGCAGUCACUAAAAGAACAGUAGGAAGACUAAGUCCUUUCUCAAAACUGACUUUUCCAUAUUAUAUGGAUUACCUAGUCUUGCCUUUCUUUUUAACUUUAUGCUUUUUAACCUUUAGUUGAGUUCAGUAUAAAGACAGUUACUUUAAAUACUGAGGUUGGAAAUCAUACCACAUUUUGCAUAGCAAUUUUCCUUUGGGCUUAUCUAUCUAAUGAUAAGUUAUUUCAAAAGUGUUUUUAUAGCUCAAAUCACUUCACUUUUACAAUGAUGAAAAUAGAUUAUUAAGAAUGACAUUCAGGUUGAGCUUAUCAUCUAUAAUCAAUCUGAAAAUGAUGUGUUCAUCAAGUACCUGUAGAUUAAAUUACAUACUGGCCCAAUAUUUAAGCUGAAUGUCAAUCUGAAAAAUAAACGCUACUGUGUUAUCUGAAAUACCACUCUUUGCAUAGGAAUUUCAUCAUAUAUCUUGAGAGAAAGGUUAAAAACAAACUAUGACAUAUAAUCAUUUAAAUCCUUUGAAGUGCAUGUAAUCCUUUGCAGUACCUCAUUCAGCCAUGAAUUUGUUCUCUUCUUGAUUCAGUGUAGGGCAGCUUUCAACUUGCUUAGACAAAAAGAAUUUUUUAGAAGUAUGGAAAUUUUUAAAUGAGAUACAACUGAAUAAAUUUGAACUGUAUUAAAAGUAGAGAAUGAAAAGGCCUCAUUAUUUAAAGACAGUAGUGUGUGAUAAAAUUGUUAAAGCGUAUGAUUAAAUUUGUUGGGUUUUCCAGCUGUGAAAAACAAUUCUGAAACCAAAGCUAAUUUUUAGAAAAUUUGAAAAUUGAAGUCAACUCUAUCUAUUAAAUAGUCUCUCCAAAAUUUUAGUCCUUUCUAAAUUGUACAAGUAUUAAAAAAUAUAUGGCAACAUUUUAGUGUUUUGAAAUACAAUAUGAACACUGGUAGUUCAAAAAAAAGAAACUGAGGAAAGGAAAAGUAAAGAAAUGCCAACCCUAGUUGCCAAGAAUCCUUGUAAAUAGAAUCUAUAAUGGAAAUACUGAGAGACCUUUGCCUAAAGUGGCAUUAUUGGAUGCUGCUGUAAUGCUACUGUAAUGUAAUAAAUUAUUAAAUUGUCUCAAAGUGCUGUUUUGCCUUAAGUUUUUAUUUUGUGUGUCUUGAAAAGUAUAGUAUUAAAGGUAUUGAGAUUGUGCAAAUGCUGGGCACGCUUGGCAUGAGAUAAUCUGUUUUUAUUUUUACAAAAUUGUAAUAUAACUAUGCAAGUGUGUUUAUUAAAAGGACACAAACUACA